AGGCGCCGUCUGGCUCGGGCUGGGCCGGCGGGGAGCGCGAGCGAGCCACGGCGGCCCCGUGGGCAGCCUCGGGGGCCGACAGAGUGCUUGGAAUUCCAUGGCUUUUCUCUGAACUUGUAAACGAAGACACCUGAAUGGUGGAUUAACAAGAACACUAACCUGUGGGAAGCUUCCUAUCUGAGAAUAUUGGAUUUUCACCCUAGUCCAGCAGCUCUGCUGCUCACAUAAAUACAGAUGAAUGAAGACCCCAUUCGGGAAGACACCUGGCCAGCGGUCCAGAGCUGAUGCAGGCCAUGCUGGAGUGUCUGCAAACAUGAUGAAGAAGAGGACAUCUCACAAAAAACAUCGGACCAGUGUGGGACCAAGCAAACCUGUGUCCCAGCCCCGGCGAAACAUCGUAGGAUGCAGGAUCCAGCAUGGAUGGAGAGAGGGCAACGGCCCUGUCACCCAGUGGAAGGGGACUGUCUUGGACCAGGUGCCUGUGAAUCCUUCCCUGUAUCUUAUAAAGUAUGAUGGAUUUGACUGUGUUUAUGGACUAGAACUUAAUAAAGAUGAAAGAGUGUCUGCACUUGAAGUCCUCCCUGAUAGAGUUGCAACAUCUCGGAUCAGUGAUGCACACUUAGCGGACACAAUGAUUGGCAAAGCAGUGGAGCACAUGUUUGAAACAGAGGAUGGCUCUAAGGAUGAGUGGAGGGGGAUGGUCUUGGCACGGGCACCUGUCAUGAACACAUGGUUUUACAUCACCUAUGAGAAAGACCCUGUCUUGUACAUGUACCAGCUGCUAGAUGAUUACAAAGAAGGCGACCUCCGCAUCAUGCCCGAUUCCAAUGAUUCGCCUCCAGCAGAGAGGGAGCCAGGUGAAGUUGUGGACAGCCUGGUAGGCAAGCAAGUGGAAUAUGCCAAAGAAGAUGGCUCGAAAAGGACUGGCAUGGUCAUCCAUCAAGUAGAGGCCAAACCCUCUGUCUAUUUCAUCAAGUUUGAUGAUGACUUCCAUAUUUACGUCUACGAUUUGGUGAAAACAUCCUAGAUGUCAUCACAAACUUUGCCAAAUUUGUGGAACUAUUAAAUGUAUAAUUUGUAGACAUAAAGACUUGAUUGCUUUCCAGUUUAAUGAAAGCUUAGAUGUCCCUGCGAACCCACAAUCUCCACCAGCAGAGCUGGUGUUGUUCUGAAUAGUGCAGACUGAUUCGAACACAAGGCAUCUGAGGGAGUCCUUCCUCUUCAGAGCAUCUGUGAGGGGAGUCCUUCCUCUUCAAAGCAUCUGUGUGAGGGGAUCCUCCCUCUUACAAGAAGGCUGUCUGUUGGGGGUUAUAAGCAAGGUGGUAAAAGUUAAGCUACUAUCAUAGUCAUUUAAAUCUGGAUAGGUUGUAACCAUUUUCCCCUUCACUCUGACACUGUCUUAUUCUGCUGCCACAAUGCAAGCAUAGUUUGUUAUUUUUGUUACUGCCUUUUUUGAGAGAUUCUGUAUCUAUAUAGCUACCUGUCUAGAUCUGCAUCUGUGUGCCUAUGUAUAUAUUAUACACACACACAGGCGCUCACCACUGGCACUCCUUUCCUUAUGGAUUGGGGUGGGGGGUGAUAAUGUUUUCUCCAGUUCAACAGGAGUGCUUGACCCAAGUCAGUCAUAUUUAUAAUAUGCCUGCUCUUUGUUUAAAAUUAAUAUUGGGCACAGGAAGCACACAGGGACAUUAGGUUGUUUCAGAAGUCAGAAUUUCAGAGUACCAUUUCAGUCUGGAGGCUUUUAGCUAUGAGUCCAGGUACAAAUUAGCCAUAAACAGUCAACAACCCACAGUAGAAUUUAGAAAACUGUUGAGAAAUCUGGGUAAAAGGCUGCCUUCUAUUCUAAGCUUUGUUUUCUGUGAUUUUUGUUAUUGUUGUUUGUUUUUUGUUGUUGUUUACUCUUUAGUCAUAAGUACUUUUAAAAUAAAGCCCAGGGCCUUGGUUCACACAAAUAGUAUAGAUGUGCUUUUAGAUGGCACAUUGGUCCAUUUGUACACACUGGUCAUCAGGAUGUUAGUACAUGGAUAUAAAAGGCAACAACACAUCAGUGGUUUUUAUAUGUGGUAAAUUCCUGCAAGAACAGUACAUUUGUAUUGAAAUGUAAGUUUUAAAUAUGGCAUUGUUGCCUUCUAUCAAGUUCUCUGGGACUUUUAAUUUUUGUUACUGUUAUUGUUGAUACACCACGAUUAUGGUCAGAAGGCCUCUUCUCCCCUUCCUUACCUGUUCCCACAACUCCUGGCUUUUUCCCCCCACAGAGAAUGUUGGACAAAUAUGGCUUCCUGCCUUGAUCCUGUUGUGGCAGUGCCUACUCCUGCUCCAGGUGUGCUAUUCAUGCAGGUUCAUUCCUCCGUGGCCCUGUUGGGCUCUGCAUGUCUGUGAUGUGUCACUGUGGAAGGCUCAGUCAUCCUUGCUGGUUAUGGGUGGAUAGCAGCUCUUCACCAUACAGUACAUUCAAAUGGUUUGUUCCUGGAAGGUUGUUUGAAGCUAAGAUAGAACUGAAAAUGUGGUUGGUGACUAGCCAAACAUCUGCUUGCUCUCACUUUGUUUUGGAAGAACCCUGGUAACUUGUCAGCUGGGACCAGUCUUCUUGAGGUUGGAAAUCCUUUUUGUGGCUGGGCAAAUUUGGAUAUUGUCAAGCAAACCCCAUAGACUUGGCCAAGUGUAGGUGUGCUUACCUUGUUGGGGCUCUUCCUGAUGCAAGAAAUCAUUCUGUGGUUUAAGGCACAUGGUACUUGGAUAUCCAUUUAGUCUCCACAGAGGCUGAACGCCUUACACUUCUGAAUGGUCACAACUGCUCACCAUGUGAACACAGUACCUCAGUUCUGUCCCUGGCUGCAAUCACCCUGUGCUCGCUGUUUUCUCAUAGGCACCCAGGGACAAGCUUCUCAGUGUAGUGUGAUAUACCCCAGUCUUUGGUGCUUCCAGUGUAUGUCAGCAGGUGUUGAUCUGCAUGUAAAUCUCAGAGCCCAUGUGACUGACAUCUGUGGCACAAGUAGGUAGGUGUGUCCUGCCUACACCGACAGUGCAGAGCAUGGCACAGUGACUGGACAGUAAAAUUCCUUUAGAAAUGUCCCAAGGGCUGGAUCAAUUGAAACAUGUCUGCCAUUAUCUGAUGACUUGCAUUGUGGUUUUCUGCAAGCAACCCAGGUUACUUUGGCUACCCAUGAACUCCCGGCCUGGAGGAAUGCAACAUGAUGGCGAUGAUGACCUUGAUCACUAUUCCAUUUAUUACCUUUACGGAAGGCUGAGGGAAGGGGAAGGUUUUUAUUUGUUCGUUUGUAUCUUAAUUGUUUUUCCACCCCUCGCCCUACUCUUUUCUUUUGGUGACUUCCACCACCCUUAAUGGUGACUGACUCUUGUCCUGAGCCUGCCACCUUGGGCUUCCCUUAGGCUCACGGUUCAGAUCUGCAUGCAUUGCUUGCAUUGUUCUGGUAUCUGAAUGUUGAUUCCUCAUUUAGGAGUUCAGCAUUAAUUUCCAAAAUUACCAUGGGGCUUGUGGCAACACAAGACAUGAAUCUGUGUAUAAAAUUUAUUGGCCUUCCUCACUUACCUGCUCUAGUAUCGUAUCGUGUGUGCGUGCGUGUGUGACGUCAGGCUGCCACGUAAACUUCAGAGAAGAACCUUAAAGCAGACCAUCCAUUUUUGCAUGCUCUCUUCUAAGUAGAAUGUUCAAUGUAACUAACUAAAAUUGCAUGUUAAAGAGACUUAGGUUCUUUCUUUAUUUCUUUCUAUUUGCUUUUGGUUUCCUGUAUAUUUGCUUACUGUGCUGUUUAGUGGUUGUAGGGUAAAGACGCACUGGUGAAGCAGUCGUAGCGCCGACAGAAGGUGAUUCCAGUUGUAUAUGUCACGCAGCAUUCGAAGGGACUGUGCACGCUCUAAAGAUCACAGUUGCUUCUAAGCCAGAUUUCCUUUCUAUUCUUGUUUUAUGUGCCAAACCCCGAAGUGCAUUGGGCCCGAAUCUCUGAACACGGUAGACCCAUUAGAAAGAAAACUUUUGUGAUCGUCACAAGUUGUAGUGCCUGAAAACACUUAACGCUGAUUGUGUAAGGGAUCAAAAGUCCUCCAAAGAUGACACAGGAAAACACUCAAGACAAUAAUUACGGUUGAAAUGUCUGUGUUCCUUGGGAAUGCUGCGCUCUCUGUAUUCUCCAUCAUUGGUGCAGUUCGAAUGAUUGAGUAGAGUUCAGAGGUCUUCGUGUUCACAUUUAAAACUAGAUAAACGACCUCAUUUUUUGAGCUUGAAUUCAUUUUUAAUUUUAUUUUAUACAACGUGUAGACAGUUUCCUGUUCUCUGCAUUUAGAAGUAUACACAGUACAACUCUGUUAAUUCUGUAAGUAAUUUUUAUAAUUAUGAUGUAACUCUAUCCUUCCUUAAAACAUUCAAAAUAAACCCUUUAUGUGCAACUUC